UCUCCCAAGGUUUACUAUCAACCUUGGAUUUCUCUAGCUCGUAAACAUGCAGCGCCACUAAAGCCUCUUACGUCAUGGUUACCAUGGUAUCUCCUUUUUAAUGAUUGGUCAGGAAGGAGGUGUGUCUUAUACUUGUUUUUUACUAUUCUUAAGGGUAAAGGAACAGCUAGUGGUGGAUGCUGGUUUAGUCGAUGGUACACAGUUUAGGAUAUACUCGGUAGGAGAAGAUAUACAAACUUUUUUCUGACUUGCCCUGUUUGACAUUGGCCUUAAAUAGACCCAUAGCAACAGAGAUUUAACAGCCUUGUUUCAGAAAAUCGAUUCACGUAGUACUCUAUUUAAUUAACGUUUGAACAACAAGCACGCCGUUCCAUUAAUACUGAAAAUUAGGAAAAUCAGUUUUUGAAACCCAGUCUUGAAAGAUUCUUGGGUUCAUCUCUCACACGUGACUUUAAAACGUAACAGUCGCUGAUUUGUAGUUUUGUUGAUGGAAGAAACCUUAACGAAUUUGCUAUUAAAUAUCGGUCAUUCACAUGUGAGUUUGUCUUGGAGUCGGUUCAGCUUUGUGUCAAGUUGUGAUACAACGGUAUCAGGUAGGAGAUAGUAAUCUCUCCUCGUGUAUCACGUGAAGGGGCUGCUCUAACAUAGAAUAAUAAUACAAUCGUUCUGACGAGCAAUGUACGUAGAUUGGAAAAUUGUCAAUUCUCAUCCCUUGAUGAAGGAAGAAAAGCGAUCAGAAGGGGAUAGGAUCAAUUAUGUUAAUCUUCCUCAUGUGAUUGCUAUGGUGGGCCUGCCUGCUCGGGGGAAGACUUACAUAGCCAGAAAACUGACUCGUUAUUUGAACUGGAUUGGGAUCAAUACAAAAGUGUUUAAUGUGGGAGAAUAUCGUAGACAAGCCACAACAGUUUACAAAAAUCAUGAAUUUUUUAGUCCAGACAAUAAAGAAGCUAUGGCAAUACGCAAUAAAUGUUGCUAUAUUUACCACUAUAUUAAUAAUCUCAGACUGUAA